UUGGCUUAUAAGAAACCACUGAAAGUCACAAGAGGACAUUUCAAACCCUACAGCCCAGAAUUUCAAAGAAAUGAAAAAGCGAGAGAGGUGCAUGAAGACAUCCAUGUCUAUGUGCCCCAUUGUCGUCCUAUUCAGAGCAGCACCAGAGGUUCUCCAUGGACCCCUCCUGGGAGUGGGACACUGGCUCAUUUUUCUGAGCCUGAAGACACAGAUAGUGACAAUGGGACAUACACAGCCCAGGGCUGGAAGGCAAAAACCCAGAAAUGUACCUCUGAACCAGAAGAUGUUAUUAGGAAGACAAGAGUGCUGUCAUCUCUGGAUUUACAGGAGAAAGAUGGCAAAAAUACAAGGCACCCAGAAGCAAAGCUUGAGCAAGAAUUAAAAGAGGCAAAAAAGAGGCUGGUGCCUUGUACUCAGCAACCACCCUUGUAUGAUUCAAAUGGGACAGACCUACGCAGACCUAGUUCAGGGUACCAAAACAAAGGAGCGCUGUGGACUUCACAGGAGAACGAUGCUGACUGGAGAAAAGUUGCAUUCAAACGAUCUGGUUGUCCUGUGCCUCUCUUAUUUGCAGAUGAUGCUCCACCAGCUUUGCCAGUUGACACAAAAGAUGCUCUGAGGAGUCCAGAUGCAGUUGCCAGGGAGCACACAGCUGGCCAGCCCAAGUCACCACUGAAGCUCAUAGCCAAUGUUAUCAAAAGGUCCAUUUUUGAGCCUUUAUCCUCAUCUCCAGAGGGACUAAAGCAGGACUCAGAUGGCAAAGUCAAAGCCUCUUCAGAACAAGCUUUCUUCAGCUUCCCAAGUACUUCUGGCUAUUCCCUAAGCCAAAAGAACAGUAACAAUAACAGAGGAAAUAACACUCAGCCACCAGAGCUUAAAGCAGGGGAGUGGGCAGGAGGAUAUUUAGGAAAUGGGAGCCAUUUCUCAAAUCCAUCUAAUUUUUCUCUUGGCUCUGAAGAGAGAUCUCUAAGGGAUUACAGCAAGGAGGUAUCCUUCCCAGUAUACAGUUCUCAUACCAGGCCUUCCCAGACAACCAGUAUACCUCAGAAAUCAUCUUGCACUAGAAUGGAGGAUGUCCCAGGACUCCUAGAAAAGUUUACCUUUAAAGAGACUCUUCCAGGGGCUUCCAUUGAUGACAUGUUUAUCUGUAAUGAAAAGUACCUCCUUCUUUCAUCUCCAGAGCCCAAGAACACCUCCAAGGACAAUCUGGAUGACUCUGCACAGAAGGGUAGUCUUGGGUCUCUCUUUGAUAGACUGAAAAGUAAAGUCCAUGACAGAGAAGGGAAUUCCUUAAUGUCAUCUCUGCCUUUCGUGAGGGACCAUUCUCCAGAAACCAGGCUCUAUUAUCCUUCCACAGGAUGUGAACACCUGACUGUCAGAAAACAAGCUACUGAGUAUUCCACUUCUUCCUCUGAUGAUGAAUUUGAAUCCAAGCCUUCAUUAACACAUAAGACGAAAAAGUCUAUCAUCAGAAGGAGAAGGAAGCUGGAGAGGGAGACAAAGCAACUGAUUAAACAAGAGGAACUGAAGAGGCUUCACAAAGCACAGGCAGUCCAGCGCCAGCUAGAAGAGUUGGAAGAAAGACAAAGAGCUCUGGAGAUUUUUGGUGUCAAACUGGAGAGAGAACUAAGAGGAGAAUCAGAUUCAGGCACCAAGGAUGAAACUCAGAUGCUACAUGAAUGGUUUGAGCUGGUCCUGGAGAAGAAUAAAUUAAUGCGUUAUGAGUCUGAGCUUCUGAUUAUAGCCCAAGAGCUAGAAUUGGAGGACCACCAGAGCAGGUUGGAACAAAAGCUGAGAGAGAAGAUGGCCAUUGAUGACAGCCUUAAAGAUGAAAUGGAUUUGAAUGAGGAGGACGAAAUUUUUACUGAGAUGAUGAAAGUGGUUGAAGAAAGGGACAAACUUGUGUCUACCUUAGAGGAGCAGAGAGUGAAAGAAAAAGCAGAAGACCAGCACUUUGAAAGCAUUAUAUUAUCUAGAGGCUAUCAGCAGGGCAGGAUUUAA